AUGCGGCAUCGACGACCCCCAAUGCGCCUCGUCUUCCACCUAACACCCCACCGCAUCGCUCUCCUGACCUUCCUCGCCUUCUACCUCAUCCUCAUCUGCGACGUACGUCACUGGUCCUGGCGAGAUCCUGGCUCCUACUUCUUCAACCCCGAACAUGCCUUCGACCGGGUGUACUCCCUGAGGCGGGAGACUGAGGCUGAGAACUACAUCACCGCAUCCUCUGCGACGGGCGCCGGCAACCACCACGUCGCCAAAGCAGGGCCGAGUCCAUCUUUGUGCGUGGGUGUCCCGACUGUGCAGCGGGAUGGGACGAGGUACUUCCGGCGGGCGCUGGGGUCGGUGUUGGAAGGGUUGACAGUGCAGGAGAGGGAGGAUUUGUUCGUGAUGCCGUUUAUUGUCAAUGUGGAUCCCGAGCAGCAUGAGGCGUAUAACGAGCCGUGGCUGGAGAAGCUGGUGGAUCAGGUUCUGACGUACAAAGAUGCUGGGGACGAAGCGGUGGGAAGGGUGAAGGAGUUGAUGGCUACCGAUGUAGACAACAAGAAGAAGGCGUUGUUCGACUACACGCACUUGCUCCGGACUUGCUAUGAGAUAAACACGGCCUGGACGCUGAUCCUGGAAGACGACACAGUAGCCGCGGACGGCUGGUACCAACGAACUAGUAACGCUCUUCGCCAGCUUGAGCACAAUUCUGACUUCGACAAGGCGCUCUAUCUCCGCCUAUUUUACAACGAGCGCCUUCUCGGCUGGAACGGCGAGGAAUGGCUUUCCUACACCAUCCGCACCGUGCUCUUCAUCGCCUCCAUCUUCGCAGCCUUGACCCUGGCAUCUCGCCACCUCCCUUCCGGAAGAGACAUCUGCACCCCGCUUACAAUCGCCACAAUCACCCUCCUCAUUUGUCCCAUGCUGAUAAUUCUCUUCUUCCUCGCUGGUCGGCUCACAGUCGCCGGCCCCUCCACCGGCCUCAACCGCAUGGAAGCCUACGGCUGCUGCUCCCAAGCCUUCGUCUUCCCCCGUCCCCAGAUCCCCGACCUCCUGACCUGGUACGAACAGCACUUCGAAAAACCAUACAUAGAUCCUGUGACGCAUACCGAACAGACGCAGGUGGAUUCGUUAACGGAGGUGUGGGCGGAGGAGAAAGGGUUAGGGCGGUGGGCAUUGACGCCCAGUGUUUUCCAGCAUGUGGGCGGGAAGAGCACGAAGCCGAUGAAUGCGGCGCAGUGGGGGAGGACUAAUGUGGAGAACAUUUGGAAUUUUGGGUUUGAGAGGUUGGAUGGGGAUAGGUUGAGGAAGGAGCAUGUUGGAUGA